ACAUUCUCACAACGGUUCACUAGGGGCUCACUACAAAAACCGAAGUCCAAGACUCGGACCAACAAACUGUAAAACCGACUGAUCACCAUUUUUUCUUCAUUCCAAUUCAAUUACGAGUGAGAUUCAGAGAUGACAAUAGAACAUACUAAGAAAUUAAUGGCGACAACAGAGGUGGAAAAUAAGAGGGAUGUCGAUUAUGAUUCGGAGAAUGGAGAGAUUAUUGAUGAAAGAGGCGAUUACAUUGUCGAUAAUCCUGUAAAAUCUAUCGAUACAUUUCAUCCUCUUGAGAAUUCUUGGACGUUUUGGUUCGAUAAUCCUUCUGCUAAAUCUAAACAUGCUGCUUGGGGUAGUUCCAUUCGUCAAAUUUACACUUUCUCCACUGUUGAACAUUUCUGGAGCCUGUACAACAACAUACAUCUUCCAAGCAAGUUAGGUGCCGGGGCAGAUUUUCAUUGUUUUAAGAAUAAAAUCGAGCCUAAAUGGGAGGAUCCAAUCUGUGCUAAUGGAGGCAAGUGGACUGUUACUUUCUCGAGGGGAAAAUCUGAUACAUGCUGGCUUGAUACGUUGUUGGCAAUGAUUGGAGAGCAAUUUUAUCAUGGAGAUGAGAUAUGUGGAGCAGUUGUCAACGUGAGAGUUAGGCAGGAAAAAGUAUCCCUGUGGACCAAAAAUGCUGCAAAUAAAGCUGCUCAGCUAAGCAUUGGAUUACAGUGGAAGAAGUUCCUUAACUACAAUGACAGUAUCAGUUUCAUAUUUCAUGAUGAUGCAAAGAAGCACGACAGGGAUGCCAAGAAUCGUUACAGUUGUUGAGGUUGUAAAUUGUUGUAAAUCAUUAGCACUUAUGAAAGUUGAUCAAGUCGAAGUUGGAAGUAGACAAAAAUUAGUCUUUUUUGAUGUAAUUGAAAAUUCUCUUUCAAUGCUGAGAUAAAAAUGUCUAGUGUUGUAGCAUUUUAAUGAAAAUUUUACCAAUACAAACUCAU